AAAUGUUUAAAUGAAGAUGAUGAAGUUAUUGAAUGUGUUUCUGGUAUUAAAAUCGAUGUUGAUAGUGUUAAAGUGGUCCAAGAAUUUUAUGUUAAGCAUGAAUUAGCUUCUGAUAUCAUUCUUGAAUCCAAAAUUGAUGAAACUGUCAAAGACAAGAAUUAUGUGAUGAAAGAGAAUAAUGCACCACUAGAUGUGGUUGUGAAAAUAAAUACGCUAAUAGAGGGUUUGGGUGAAGCUGCAGAUAGUAAAGCGAAUCACCAUGAAAAUGAAAAGGGUUGUAAUGACCUUGGAUCUGGUUAUAAAAAUGAAGAAGUAUUGGGUUAA